CGGAGAGGACGGCAGCGGCAGCGGCUGUUACUGCAGUCCUCUUUCAUUGUCAAAUGGAGAGGACGACAGGGAGAAUGAAAGCGCAGAUCCGGGCGAGGAGGACGAAGGUCACGCAGUGCACAGCACACCGCCGCCAUCUGCAAUGCCGUCAUUCACAUGUGCUGCACCUUCCGUUGCGGACCUCUUCCCAGAGCAACGCCAAGAUGGUGGAUGAAAAGGAGGACGGGUGGGGCAUGGGAGGAUCUGCGGCAAUGCAACGACGCGACGGAGGACUGCUUUCGAGACAAGCUGCGCAUGUCGCCACGUGUCUUCCAAGAGAUUGCUGAAGCUCUGUCGCCGUUGCUGCAGCGCCGUGUGACAUUCUACAGUGAGCCGCUGCAGCCAGAUCAGAUCGUCGUGUACACGUUGUACAGGUUGGUGUCGGGGGAGACGUACGAGAGCAGCACUUGUAACUUCGGCAUCGGCAAAGCGUCAAGUUUGGUGGCGCUGAGAGACGUCACUACGGCGUUGCUGAUGGUCUACCGUGACAAGAUAUCGUGGCCGGCGGGGGUGCGCAAGUCUGUUGUCCUCUGUGCUUUCACUGGCAAGGGGUUCCCCAACUGUCAUGGCUGCAUCGACUGCACGAACAUCUACAUCAACAAGCCGGCAAACGCCCCUAGCGAGGACUACUACGAUCGGAAACGACGUUUCUCGAUCAUCGUGCAGGUCGUCGUCGAUCUGGACUUGCGUGUGCUGGAUGUCUUCAUUGGCUAUCCUGAGGGCUGACACGACAUCAGGAUCAUUCACUUGUCUAGUCUAUGGGCGCGUGCAGAGGCUGGCAAACUUUUCACAGGACCGCU